AUAUUACAAAAGAACAUACAAAGUAACGAACAUAUUAAAGAUAAAUGGUAUUGGUUUAAGGAAUUGGGACUGUGAUAAAAUAAAAAAUUUCAUUUCUAAAUUUGAUGUUACUUGUAUGAUAUAUUUAAUUGACAAUGAAGAUAUGAUUUAUAUAGAAUUUUAUAGAAAGAAGGACUGCACCUUUGUUUAUAAAUUUUUCAACGAUACUUUGCCGACUGGGUCGACAUGUAGUAUAUCUGAUGUUAGUGCAGAAUAUGCAAAUAUAAAAUACGAAAUAAAUAACAAUGCUUGUGCAAUUUAUUCUUGUGAUUAUUCGUGCUUAUUAAAACAUAAAGAAUAUAUUACCAUUAUUGAUAAUGUUCUUGAUAAGAAAUUAUCUGAUGAAAUUCUUGAGAAUUAUAAAAAUGAAAAAUGGUUGAUGUAUACAAAAAAUGAUGAGAUCAAUGUUGGAUAUUAUUUCUGUAGAAAUAUUCCAAAUAAAAUAUAUAAAUCUUACUGUAUUUCAAAAUUAGAUUCUUUUUUUUCUCUAGAAUUUUUAGAACGAAUAACAAAAAUAUUUAAUAAUAGACAACCCAACCAAAUUACUAUAUUAAACUGUCAUCUCAAAAAAGCUAUAGAAUAUGUUAUUGAAUCAAGUUAUAUUUUUGACGACGAAAUAGCCUUUUUAGUGCUAGGCAACGAAUUACCAAUGUCAUUUCUUGAUAUACGAAACAAAGAAAAAUUAAACCUUGUAAUUGAGAGUAAUACCCUUUUAAGAAUUAAAGGGAAAUUAAGGCAUGAGAUAAUUUUUGGGAUUCCAAAAAAAAAAAAAAUUCAAAUGCAAGAUAAGCUUAUGGAUAGAAAAAAUAGCUACCUCGUCAUAUUCAGGUUCAUUAGAGAGGAUAAUAUAGAAAACUUUGUAACGCAAAAGAUUAAAAAUAAAAUACCUCCAAAUGAAAAACAAGAAAAAGAUUGUGUUCCUAUUGAUGUAAAUGAAUACACGUCAGAAAAAUUAGAGAAGACGUAUGUAUUAGAUGUUUACAACCAAAUAGCUUUGCAUUUUGGUCACACAAGAUACAAAUCUUGGAAGAAUGUAGAAAAUAUAAUUAAUGAAGAAAAAAAAGGGAAUAUAAUUUUAGAUGUAGGAUGUGGAAAUGGAAAGAAUUUGCGUGAAUCAUCAAAAUAUUUUUAUAUAGGAUUAGAUUUUAGUCUUUAUUUAUUGAUGCUUGCAAAGAAAAAGACGAACACGGAUUUGUUGUUAUCGAAUUGUAUAAACAUACCAUUAAGAUCGAAUUUGGCUGAUUUGUGUAUAUCCAUUGCAGUUAUACAUCACUUGGGUACACAUGAAAAAAGAAAACAAGCAGUCAAUGAAAUGGUUCGGUGCACGAAAGUUGGAGGAAGGAUUUUAAUAUAUGUCUGGGCCUAUGAACAACAAGAAAAUGUCGUAGGAAAUCGAAAAUUUGAUUCUCAAGAUAUAUUCGUACCUUGGUACUUUCAACAACAAUAUAAAACAGAAGGACAAGAUGAUGACACCGGAGGAGGAGGAGGAGAAGAAGAACAACAAGAAAAAGAAAAAGAAGAAAAUCAUAAGUUUAAACCUGUAAAAAAAGAUCUAGUUAAAUUAGAAAGAUAUUACCAUGUUUUUAAAAAAGAAGAAUUAUAUGAAUUAUGUAAUAGCAUCGAAGGAGUAGAGGUUGAGAAAUUUUAUUUUGAUUGUAAUAAUUGGGGAAUUAUAUUAAGAAAAUUUUUUUAA